CGUCUGCCAGGUUAUAAAAUGGGGGGUUGGCCCCUGGGCACCCACAGACCCACUAGUCCUCCAGCAGGAAGUACUGGAGUCCAAAGCAGCGGGAACCAUGUCUCAGGCUGCCAAGGCUGCGACCACCUCAGCCGUGAACCCGGCCCCCGAUGCCAAGGCAAAGGGAGCCCCUUCCAUUGGACUGGCACCGGCCGCCGGACCCACCCCAGCCCCGGCCCCCGCCCCUGUCCCGGCGCCUGCUUCUGUGCCCAGACCUAGCGCCAAAGUGGGCGACCUGCCUCCUGGAAGCUACAGGCUGGUGGUCUUCGAGCAGGAAAACUUCCAGGGCCGUCGGGUGGAGUUCUCAGGGGAGUGCCUGAACCUGGGGGACCGCGGCUUUGACCGAGUGCGCAGUCUCAUCGUCACCUCUGGACCCUGGGUGGCCUUUGAGCAAUCCAACUUCCGAGGGGAGAUGUUUGUCCUGGAGAAGGGCGAGUACCCACGCUGGGACACCUGGUCCAGCAGCUACCGCAGUGACAGACUCAUGUCCUUCCGGCCCGUCAGGAUGGAUUCCCAGGAACAUAAGAUCUGCCUGUUCGAAGGGGCCAACUUCAAGGGCAACACCAUGGAGAUCCAGGAGGAUGACGUGCCAAGCCUCUGGGUGUACGGUUUCUGUGACCGCGUGGGCAGCGUGAGCGUCUCCAGCGGAACCUGGGUCGGCUACCAGUAUCCUGGCUACCGUGGCUACCAGUACCUGCUGGAGCCCGGAGACUUCCGGCACUGGAACGAGUGGGGUGCCUUCCAGCCGCAGAUGCAGGCCAUCCGCCGCCUGAGGGACCGGCAGUGGCACCGUGAAGGCUGCUUCCCUGUGCUGGCCGCUGAGCCCCCCAAGUGAGCUCCCCCAAGUGAUCCACGUUGUGCCCACUCGCUGCCCCCAGCCCUCCAGGCUCCGAGUCCCAUCUUCCCCUGCAAAUAAAAC